CUGGCAAAAGCUCCAGCGGCUCGCUCAGCACCAGAGGAUCCGUGCCCUCGCAGCGGGAAGACCAGAGGAUGGACGCAGCAUACAAGCGAGUCAAUGGAGACCACGGUCCAGAGGCAGAGAAAGAGUACAAUGGCACGAGGGAGAAAGGCAUCAACCUGACGCACAUCGAGUCGCGCCCGUCGCGGAUGAACAAAGAGGAGUACGAGUUCUUCAUCAGCGUGGACUCCUCCUGCUCCCAGGCCCUGGACGAGGUCAUCGACGGCCUGCGCACGCAAAUCAGCGGCCAAGUGCACGAGCUCUCGCGCAACAAACAGAAGGAUACAGUCCCAUGGUUCCCCAAUGACAUCCAGGAUCUGGACCGCUUCGCCAACCAAAUUCUGAGUUAUGGCUCCGAGCUGGACGCCGAUCACCCAGGCUUCACAGACCCAGUGUACAGGGCCCGCAGGAAGGAGUUUGCCGACAUCGCCUACAACUACAGACACGGCCAGGUCAUCCCCAAGGUGGAGUACACGGCAGAGGAGAAGGUCACCUGGGGGACAGUGUUCAAGGAGCUGAAGACGCUGUACCCAACACACGCCUGCCGCGAACACAACCGCGUCUUCCCCCUGCUGGAGAAGUACUGCGGCUACAGGCAGGACAACAUCCCUCAGCUGGAGGACAUUUCACGCUUCCUGCAGUCGUGCACAGGCUUUCGGCUGCGCCCCGUGGCCGGCCUGCUCUCCUCCCGUGACUUCCUGGCCGGGCUGGCCUUCCGCGUCUUCCAUUCCACGCAGUACAUCCGCCACGGGUCCAAACCCAUGUACACACCUGAGCCGGACAUCUGUCAUGAGCUCCUGGGACACGUUCCUCUUUUUGCUGACCCUAGUUUUGCCCAGUUCUCACAGGAAAUUGGUUUGGCUUCUCUUGGCGCCCCUGAUGAGUACAUUGAGAAGCUCGCUACUGUGUAUUGGUUCACGGUGGAGUUUGGCCUGUGCAAACAGGGCCAAGAGAUCAAGGCCUACGGCGCCGGCUUGCUCUCGUCAUUUGGAGAGCUGCAGUACUGUUUGACUGACAAGCCCAAGGCCCUGCCCUUUGACCCAGAGAAGACCAGCCUGCAGAAGUAUCCCAUCACCGAAUUCCAGCCUGUUUACUUUGUCGCAGAGAGCUUUGAGGACGCCAAGGAAAGAGUCAGGAAAUUUGCAGCCACCAUCCCCAGGCCUUUCACCGUGCGUUACAAUGCCUACACCCAGAGUAUUGAAGUACUGGACAGCACCCAACAGCUAAGAAACCUGGCUGACAGCAUCAAUAGUGAGAUGGGAAUACUGUGCAAUGCCAUGCGGAAACUGGAGUAAGCCAUGGAUGGGACAAGACCUUUGGACUGAUGCACACCGAGUCUGCAAGCUCAUUCCAAGACGGAGAUCGUUUGUUAUUUUCUAUUGGGCUGCUGUUCUUUUCGCAGUAAUGCUUUGCAUGCUUGUUAUUUAGCUUCAGCUGUACACCAAAUUUCGACAAAUAUCGUGCCCCACUGGGUGACAAAUCAAAUUCACAGUUGCAAUAUUGCUGCAAAUGACAUGCAAAUCAAAACAUACUGUAUAUUUUAGUGUAGCGAUUAAUACACAGCAUGUUGUUCUAUUAUACAAAAUAAUAAGCAGUAUAUGGUAUCGCAAAAAACAUAUUAAUCCUAUUGUAAAUAUUACACAAAAACAAAAUGUGUUUUCUAGAAAUGUGGAUAUUUGUAUGUCCACAAAUAUAUAUAAAUCUAAUUGUUUUUCUGCCAAUCGACCGACACAUUGUGAGUAUCAUACCGUUUCAGCUGCCUACGAGCUUAUUUAAAUCUCACAGCUUAUUAAAACUCAUCUGGGAAAACAAACCUGAACAUGUGCUUCUCCUGCUAACGUGAUCCAGCAGACACAGCGGAGCACGAAAUGCCCGUUUCUAUCCCUUAUAAUUUUUUUAAACGUAUUUUAGAGGUCAUUUCUUUUCUUAGUCUUCGUUUCGGUAAUACUACUUAGUUAAAUUAAAUAUUUUGUAUGCAUGAACUGUUUUGUAAUUGAGGUUAUAAAUAAAUAUCUCUACUCUCGUA